GUAUCGUAGUGCUAUUUUUCUUUAUAAUGAAUGAAAAUGUUGGUUUUCAGCCAUGACUACAAACAGAAUGAAAGAGAUUCCGUUUGCAAAACAUGAAAUCUUCCAUGCAUUCAAUGUUUAUUUAUUUUUACGUCCAAUCAUGUUCAGCUAGCAAUUUGAAUGGAAUGCACCAUACUGGCAACACUUCUAAACCAUCAAAAUCAUAUUUGUUUGACAGUUUCCAUAUGAUCAACAUGCAUGGCAAUGUUUUGAUUACCAAAAUACAAGUUUAAAAAAAAAUAAAAGAAAAUACGCUUCGAUCUCAGUGUAAGCCUUAUAGCACAGAUUACUAUUAUCUAAUAGACUUCCUUUUAUUUUAGUUAUCAUUUCGAAGAUGCUUCGAAACAGCUUAUUCCUUCGUUUAUUUGGAUUACAUCGGAGCGUAAGCCGGUUCUAUUGUGUGACCGCCGGAAAGGAAUUGCAACCUGCGGAUGGUUCUUCCUACUUUGGUCUGCUCAAAUCAGCCACCGAUGCGAAGGAAGUGUUAGAAUUUCUACCCACAAUCAGUCGCACCAAGCAGGACCGUCACGUGUACACUUUGCCUGCAUUGAAAACAUUGUUUGAAUUGCAGAAACACGGCAAAAGUACCUUACGUUCCGAUCAGAUCCUAAAGCAUCCACGAUUUGCGGAGCUAUGCCAAAACGUACGGUUUGAAUCGCGCACCUUUGUGAUGAACGAUCUUACGGAAGUUCUUAAAAUUCUGACCUUUCUCGGAGUGCAUACAAACAGCGAAAUCAUAACGGUCCUGUUGCAGCUAAUACGACACCAAAUCAAUGAUGUAACGUUGGAUCAUAUAGUGUUUUUGAGCUUUAUUCUUAAGAAGCUCGAUCGAACACCGCUCGUGGAAGCGUUACAGAUUGCCCUACCGAUGUUGCUUCAGAUACAGAUUGGCUACAAGCUAGACCACGAAAAUGUUCAACAAUUGGUAGAGCUGCUCGAGUUCGUCUCACAGCACAAAGUAAACGAUCGUACCGUGAUGAAUAUAGUCAGUGCGCUGACACUACACGGGACGAGCCUUUCGCCCGAGCAAGCCAUCAACGCGUUAAAAGCAUUAUCCAGCUUUCAUGCCUUCCUGCCACAGUACGAGAAGUUGCUACAGAAUGUGUUCGCCGUCCUAGAGCGCGAUCUCGAUGAGGUACCAUUUAAAAUGAUCGACUUUGUGCUGAAAAAGGUGAUGGACAAAAAUCUAGAUUACUUUCCCAUGUUCUACUAUGAACCUUUCCUGAAACGUUGUGCCCAAUAUGCAGUUGAUCACGACAUUGGGUUGAUGAAUGCGCUGUACAUGUUGAAAAAGUUUAACAAAAUAUCCUUCCUACACAUCCCACUGUUGGACUACAUUGCCGCACACGCCGACAAACUGUCGAUUGUGCCAACGUCUGGCAUUAUCACGAUCGUAGCCGGCUUCUCCAAUGCUAAUUACCGACCGGACAAUUGGGAAAUGAUAAAGACAGAAAUAGCUCGCAACUCUACCAUUACCACCGGUUCCAUCCCGUGGAUACGUUACAACCUGGAGCUGCUUUCGCUGGACAUCUUCAAUCUACAGCUGCUGUCACAUUGGCUCGAUCCUCAAGCGCUGGACGCUAACAUGGCCCGAAACGUGCUGGUUGAUUAUCUGCAGCUUACUGAGCUGGGCCAAACGCUUAGCUUGCUGUACAGCCAUCAGUAUCAAUGUCCUUUCCCGGCAAAGCAGUACGUGGAGAAAUCGGUGAUGCUUAUGUUGCAAAACAACGAUCAUCCUUUGUUGAAACCACUUGAGUUUGCAUUCGGUGGAGAAGAGUAUGUAAGCACGCAAGUCACUACCGAGCAAGGUCAUGUCCUUGACCAUGUGAUCGCUUUCGAUGCGGAUGGUAACCCGAGUAAAAAAUGCGUACCAUCUGAGGAAGGUUCUACCAUACGGCUGGAGGAUAUACGGCACCCGGGCCAUAAGCUUGUUGCUGUACUGUAUCUACCGAAGAGCUGUUACGCUAUUAACGUUAAUCGAUUACGAGGACGAUUUGCGCUGCACCUCAAAACCAUUAAAGCUCUCGGUAUUGCUCCUGUGGCCAUAUCACCUGUAAUAUGGAGUAAUCUACCGGAAUCGGAACGAAUACCAUUUCUUCAGCGUGAGGUGCGUGAAGCGGUACGGCAACCGACUUAGUGCGAAUAAAUAAAUGUUAGUUCUGGUAGAAAAUUCUUUAGCUUAACGUGUACAUAAGAAAUAAACCAAUCAAAGAAUAUGGACAGUAAAAUUCGACAGGAACGAACAUAUUGCUACGUGCAGGAUUGCUUUUAAAUUAAAAGUUUACCUAAUUUUAAAUUACCGAAUUAAUGAUCGAUUGUUUUGUUACGCGUGUAGGUCGUUUUAUUAUGCCAAGAUGUUCUAGUAGAUCGUAAAUCGAGAAUAAAAAACCAAGAUCGACUUUAGUCCACAACCCAAUAAGUAAUAUCUAAUCAACGGAAUCAAAUUCAAUAAAACAAG